ACAUGGGUGAGCUACAACAAGUAUACUUCCGUUUUUGCUCUUCCUCGGUUUCCUGUGUCACAUUUAUUGUUUCCCCCAUCAGAAGUGCACAUUUACAGACAUGCUGAGUUGUUUCAAAGAUAAAGUUGGUGAUGUUUUAUUACCAGGAGAUGUAUUUUCUUUUCAAAUGCCUGAAAGUAUCACUGACAGCAAACCCGAGAAAGUCGUUUGUGGACCAGGGCUUCGGCGAAACGGAGAUGAAGUUCUCGUUUGCAAAAGCGGAAUCCUCCGACAUAAACAACCGAAUCUGUACUGGAUAGACUCUCAGCAAAGGCGGUAUGUUCCAGGGAAGGGAGAGAGUGUGAUUGGCAUCAUAACUGCCAAGUCAGGUGACAUCUUCAAGGUGGAUGUAGGGGGGAGUGAGCAGGCAUCACUCUCCUACCUGGCCUUUGAGGGGGCUACCAAGAGGAAUAGACCUAAUGUGCAGGUGGGGGACCUGGUGUACUCCCAGUUCAUCAUUGCCAACAAAGACAUGGAGCCGGAGCUGGUGUGUAUAGACAGCUGUGGACGAGCCAACGGGAUGGGGGUGUUUGGAGCAGGGGGGCUUCUCUUCAAGGUGUCCCUGGGACUUGUACGCAGGCUGCUAGCGCCCCAGAGUGAAAUAGCCAAGGACCUGGAGAAAAUGUUCCCCUUUGAAAUUGUGGUGGGGAUGAAUGGGCGGGUGUGGGUCAAGGCCAAGACCAUCCAGCAGACCCUCAUCGUGGCCAACUUGCUGGAGAGCUGUGAGAACAUGACGGCCCAGCAGCGGCAGACGCUCUUCAGAAGGGUGGCCGAUGGAUCCAUCUAGGCUAGGGGACCACUCUGCUCCGGAGAAGGAUGUUCGAGAACUGUCUGAAUUAGUGGGGUUUGUCUCAAUCAUUUGAAGGCAAGGAGGCAUUGGUGUGGUCAUCUCCUUUCCUUGUCUCCUCUACUCUGACUACUGAGCUAAAAGGACCCGAUUGAUGAAUGCAGUGGAGUUGAAACUUAUCAAGUCAAAGGGGAUUUUGACCCCAGUGUGUUUGCGCUGUGUGAACAAUCACUUAUUCUGAUAUUUUUUACAUCUUGUGUACCCGUGAGUAAGGACAGUGGCCUUUUGUUUGUCAACUCUUUAUUUUUUGAGAAAUAAAUAAUGAAUCUGUGUUGAUUGAAAAACAAAAAAGCAGUGUUCAUGUUCAAACCAGUCCACAAGGGGGCACCACUUUCAUUUGCUAGCUGUCAUCUGCUGGCAAGAAGUGAGACUCGAUUGAUGACUGUAUGCAGGAAAAAACCUCCCAUACUGUGUGGGAGGGGUAACUAACAGAUCACAGAUGACAUUGAGCAGGACCUAUUCAAGGAAGAGUGACUAACUCACACACCCACCCUCAUUAAGCUUGUGUACAUACAGUUGAAGUCGGAACCUUACAUACACUUAGGGUGGAGUCAUUAAAACUCGUUUUUCAA